AUGCUCUCUUUCAUUAUUUUUUCAGGACUUGAUUCUUCGGGUCAAUUGCAAUUGAAAAGGAGGCGCUCAACCAGCGACAGAACCUCAGUGAAGAAAUCCAGGGUCGAUCGAGAAGUGAAUGGCUCUCCAACAUUUUCCGACAUGGAUGAUGACUCACUCACUUCUGCAGACAGCAAAUGUUGUGAGGAAAACAAGAACAUCCUUGCCAUUGUCCAAAGAAUGGAGAUUCAAUCUCGUGCUGUGGAACGCUUGGUACAGCAUUUGAACACCAUGUGUAGGAAUGGUUUUGUUCCAACAGAUGGGUCAUUGGAAAGGAAGGUCAAAUUUCAACUGUUCGACAUCUUGUCUGAACUCCGCUCUCAAAAACUGGUAAUUCAUUCGUUGGUGAGUUUUAUUUUGUUGUUGAAAUAG